AGUGGUACCGUGACUUUGAAAGGUACGAGGGAUACAGGAUCUGAUGAUCGAGGUGAUGCCCGGUCCCGCCUGGCUCCGAGCGUGUGUGUUCGUUGGUACGCUGCCGCUGCGCCAGACGGUACUCGGACCGCGGCCAUUGUUUGUUUGGUCUCUCUCCGACCGAGGCCGUCGCUGGAGACAGAGUUUCUGCUCAGUGUCGGUCCGAAGUCGCUGCCGGUGACAUUACUGAGCUGGAGUGCUCGUUUUGGACCAACUGGCAGUUGACCUUGAGCCUCGCUCACUGCCCACUGCCACGAUGGGCCGUCUGGAUGGCAAGACAGUGCUGAUCACGGCGGCUGCACAGGGCAUCGGUCGCCGCUCCGCGCAGCUGUGCGCCUCGGAGGGUGCCGUCGUCAUUGCCACUGACGUGAACGCGGCGGCGCUGGCCGAGCUAGCGACCGAGUCUCCUUCCGUCACCGUCCGCAGACUGGACGUCCUGCGACGGGACGAGAUCGAGACGCUGGCCGCCGAGCUGGCCGACUCUGUGGACGUGCUGUUCAACUGCGCCGGCUGCGUGCCGGACGGCGACGCGGCCGACACGACGGACGACGUCUGGCAGCAGACGUUCGACCUCAACGUGCGCUCCAUGUUCUGGCUGUGCCGCGCCUUUCUGCCGGCCUUCCGUCGUCGUCGGGCCGGUAGCAUCAUCAACAUGGCUUCAGUGGCCGGUCUGAAGGGCGUGCCCAGGCGACUGGCCUACGGUGCCAGCAAGGCUGCCGUGGUGGGCCUGACCAAGUGUCUGGCCGCCGACACAGUCGCUGAUGGGAUCCGCUGCAACUGUAUCUGUCCGGGCACAGUGGACACCCCCAGCUGGCGCGGCCGGGUGGCGGCCAGCCAUGACCCGCAGCGGGCCCGUGCUCAGUUCGAGGCGCGCCAGCCGAUGGGCCGAGUGGGGACGGCUGAUGAGAUUGCCUGGAUGGUGGUUUACCUGGCCUCGGAUGAGAGCUCGUUCACCACCGGGGCGUCGAUGGUGGUGGACGGUGGCUGGUCCAUGUGAUGGACGGGCUGAGAGCUGGCACGGAGAGGAUGGUAGGCGUGUGACGUGUUAUCACCUUUAUGCGGCAAUGACACGUUCUGGUAUCAACGACGGAAAGUGAAAUAUAAGAAGGUUGCGAGGUAUUUGAUAGAGCAAGGGUUGUUCUAUGUGCCAACAACCUAAAGGUCUGGCUACAGUAUGCGGGAUCCUACUCGCGUGACCCGCGUUUUGUCGGGUUUUGCGGGAAAUCGGUACGCAGAUGAAGUUCAGCUCAUAGGAAAUACACAGGCUCGGCUACACUGGGGUCACGUAGAUUCAGUCAAGGAAAUCCCGUAUGCUCAGCACAGGAAAUGCUGGAUAGUCGGGUUUGUCAGGAGAUACAAAGUACAGAACUACGAACUUUUUUUGGCAGAAUUCUGCACCCGAUGGGAAUGUGAUGUCUUGAACGAACGUCGUGUAAUAAUGUUCGGAAUCCACGGGCUGUGUAGCAAAUACUGAUGAGGUCACGAAAAAAUAAGCUGGGACUCGGCAUUAGCGAUCAGUGUCCGUAUUAUUGUUUGUCGCUGUAAUGUGAUGACUUAUGUGCAAAAAAAAAAAAUAAACAACGGACUUUA